GUCGAAAAUAUAAUAUAAAUGUAUCGGAAGUGAAAAGAAGAAUCAUGUGCAGUUGUUGUUGUUGUUGUUAUUAAAUUAUUAAUAAAAAAGAAAUAGCACAAUGGAGUAUAUCAAAAUGGUCACGAAAGUCUGGACGGCGAUAACGAGGAAGAAACGGCACAAUGACGAGAUAGGUGACCGACUAGCAAGAAUUCUCACUUUGGUGGAUCUCAUAGCCAUGGGCACAGGAGCCACGCUGGGUUUAGGCGUUUACGUACUCGCUGGAUCCGUUGCCAAAAAUUACGCCGGACCAGCAUCAGCCAUAUCCUUCGUUUUGGCCGCCCUCAUAUCCCUAUUCGGAGGUUUCUGCUAUGCAGAAUUUGCUGCUAGAGUUCCAAGGACUGGAUACGCUUACGCGUAUUGUUACGCCGGAGUGGGAGAGCUCGUGGCGUUUUUAGUGGGCUGGAAUCUCCUGUUGGGAGCCAUGUUGGGUAUAGCCAGCGUAGCGAGCGGUAUGAGUAGUUACAUAGACACUUUGUUCGACAGCAGAAUUAAAACGACUUUGGGUACUUAUUUGGGUAUAAACGUUCCUUAUCUGUCCAGCUCUCCAGACAUUUUAGCUUUAGGAAUUAUAAUAUUUAUAACAGUCCUUCUGUCAAUUGGUAUAAAAGAAUCUUCGAGGUUCAACAAUUUAUGCACCAUAUUAAACCUUCUAACAAUUGUAACAGUCGUAAUAGCUUGUUCUAUAAAAGCCGACAUAAAGAACUGGAGGAUUCCUUUGGAGAAGAUUCCCGAGCAGUAUCGGCAGGCGUCCGGCGACGGCGGUUUCCUGCCCUUCGGCGUCGCAGGAGUGAUAGCGGGAACGCCGAACUGCUUCUUCGGCUUCACCGGCUUCGAUGCGCCGGCCAAUUGCAGCGAGGAGGCCAAGCGACCCAAGAGGGACAUACCCUUGGCUAUAUUGAUAUCGCUGUUAAUCGUGUUCGUUACCUAUUUCACGCUAUCCGUGCUACUGACGUUGGCUUAUCCCUAUUAUCUGCAGAAUGAAGAAGCGCCGUUUCCUCACGUUUUCGCAGAGUUCGGUUGGGAUUGGGUCAAAUGGAUAGUGACUAUAGGGGCGAUUUUCGCACUCUCAGCGAGCGUUUUCGGCGCUAUGUACAUGGUACCCAGGGUGUUCUAUGCGAUGGCUAAUGAUGGUUUGAUCUUCAAGUUCUUCGGGUCGAUCAAUCCCAGGACUAAGACGCCCCAAAUAGCUACUAUUUUUUCCGGCGCUGUGUCAGGUAUCAUGGCGACUUUUCUAGAUAUCAACGAGUUAAUGGAUUUAAUGACGAUAGGGGCGUUUUUCUCCUAUGUUAUCGUCGCAUCUUCAGUGUUGAUAUUAAGAUACGAACAUAAAGAUGACAAUAUUGGUGUAUUGGGCGAUGACAUUCCUCGGAGCUACCUACGCAGCAUUUUCACAUUCAAAGCGAAUAAAAUUCCUAAUAGAAUAACGUCCAUAAUAGCAAAUAUUAGCGUGUUCUUUUUCAUAAUUGUCACUGCCGUGUUCUGCGUGAUUUUCAAAAACGAGUCCUUCUUUUCUUCGACAAGGAUGUAUUACAUCUGCUGUUCUAUCAUGCUUGCGGCAAUGGUGAUCAUUAUUUUGAUCAUUUUCAGACAACCAGAAAGCGACGUUAAAAUUCCGUUCAAGGUUCCUUUGGUGCCUUUUAUACCCUGCCUUAGCGUGAUUUUUAAUCUGUACCUGAUGCUGCAAUUGAGCGCCUUCACUUGGACUGGGUUCGUUAGCUGGAUAUUUAUUGGUUCUUUGGUAUAUUUUUGCUACGGAAUUAAGAACAGCGAAGAAAAUAACGAGAAAGGGAUUAAAUCAAUCGAAACUUCGGUCAUAGAGAGGAAGAUUUGAGAUACGAAAAGAAAAAUUUGUCCGAUGGAAAAUCGUGUAUUAGGUACUAAAUAGGAAUUAUUUGAUGAAUCGCUAAACUCUAAUGAGAUUCUAAUUAUUUGGUAGCUAAGCCCGAAAAUUUGUACAUAAAUCACUAGGUGGAUUAUUUCGUUUUUAGGUAUUUUUUUAAUAAAAAUGGUAUUACAGAAUUCUUUGACAAAUUUUGUACAAAUGCAAAUGUAAUACACAUCGAAGAAUGAUUACUUCAGCACUGCCUAAAUAUAGUCUAAUUCGCUAAUUGCGAGUUUUAAUUAGUGAACCAAUGCAAUUCUUUCUAAUUAGGCGUUAUUGAUAAAUACAGUUUUUGAUAAAUACGUUUUUUUUUUAUUAUCAUACUUGCAAAACGUGCAAAUUUUG